UGUCAUGGUUUCCUUUGAGUUCAGGAUGUGGGUAGACUGGCUGUUAGCUGAUGAGAACAAAGACAGCAUCGAUGCAGGAUGGAGAUCACCUCACUCUGUCUCCUACUUUCAGCCACACUGAGCAUCCGUCCUGACAAAUCUCAGUUCUUUCGGUACGACCGCAUCUCUCUGAGCUGUGAUGCACUGCGGAACUCUACCGGCUGGACACUGAGGAAGCACAACUCCUCUGAGACGCCUGAACCCUGCGACAAUGGCUGCACGCUCAACGACAUCUACCCGUCAGACAGCGGUGUGUACUGGUGUGAGUCUGAGCAGGGCGAGUGUAGCAACACCAUCAACAUCACAGUGGCCGCUGGUGUCGUGAUACUGGAGAGCCCUGCACUUCCUGUGAGGAAGGGAGAUGAGGUGACUCUCAGCUGCAUCCACAAGGAAAGAUACUCAAAGAAUCCUACAUCAAAUUUCAAUGCUACGUUCUACAAAAACAAUGCUUUCAUCGGUACCGGGCCUGAUGGAAUCCUGACCCUCCGAGCGGUGUCCACGUAUGAUGAAGGAUUCUACAAGUGUGAACACCCGACGAAAGGAGAGUCGCCGCAGAGCUGGCUGGGUGUAACAGCGAGAGCUCAGCCUCCAGGUGGCCCUCUUCCUGACAUGCCUUGGUACAGACUGCUCUGCUCCAUCCUGCUGUUCCUCCUCUACACAGCCAUACUCAUAUUGUGUAUUUACACGUGCCGCAGGCUGGCUCGAGCUCGAGCUGAUGCUAAAAGGAGAGCGUCUGAUCAUCGCGUACUGGAAUGAAGAAGAAGAAGAAGAAGAAGAGCUGUGAGUGUUUAUGUGCUGACCAAUAUGACUGGGAAGAAGGCAAUAUUCUUAUUUUUGUAAAAGUGCUUAUUUUUCAUUAUCUUCUAGAUAAGCUACAUGAUUUAUUUAAUAAUCCAUCUGCACCCUCUGAUAUAUUUCUGUAUGUCACUGUUAUUUAACCUGUUGAAAUUUUGAGCAUUGUGUGGAUUUGGUUUUUGCACCUUUUUAAUAAUCUUUGUUUUAUAUGUUGUUAUAUUUGCACUCUUUCCUGCUGCAACUGCUGCACAACAAUUUCCCUCUUGAUGAAUAAAGUGAAUG